AUGCAGGACGGCGAAGAGCCAGAACGGGCAGACACUUGCAGGAUAUGCAGCGCACCAGCAGAGCCUGAUCAGCCCUUGUUCCAUCCAUGCAAAUGCUCCGGCACAAUUCGCUAUAUUCAUCAGGACUGUCUGACGACCUGGCUGGCACACAGUAAAAAGAAGUCAUGCGACGUCUGCAAGCACCCAGCCUGGUGGAUCAGCAACUUGCCCCGUCCUUCGCAAACAAACUCGACCUCUCUCUUCCACAAAGUUCGCCUCGAACCCCUCCCACCGCCAGCCCAGAACGGAACCUUCAUCGAGCGCGUUACUUCGCAUCCAGCUUGGGCCUCCAUUUCCGCCGACAUCUUCACCGGCCAGAUCAUCGCCGCCCUCAUCGUCCUCACGUUCAUCUCCAUAUUCCUGUUGAGGGAGUGGAUAUCCCAGAACGCCAGACCCGGCUUGUUUGACGACGACGAACUCGAAGCCGACGAUCAAGUACCGAAUGUCGCACCACCACCUGUUCAGGAUCCCGCGUUCCCGCCUCCGCCGAGAGACCCGCCAGAGAUCGAGGGAUUCCCUGAAGCCGACUUGGCACACCGGCAACAGCAGGCGAUGCGUGCUAUGGACGCGCUCAGGCUUCAAAUGAACCAACGCCCGCAAUCGACAAGCGCCGCCACACAAGAUGGCUUUUCUGACCACGACAACGACGGGGCUAUCCACAGAUGGAAAGGAAAAGAGCGGGAAGAUGGAGGCGAGUCAUCGAAGCGACCACGAACCAUGGAGUGGGACGAAAAGGAGCUGCUGGAAAGGAUGAACCGACCAGAGUACAAAAGACGCGUCAGGAUGGUGGGUCGGUUGGCUGCUAAGCGGAGACUGAAGGCUGCCCGGGCUAUGGACAAGAAGAGGGACCUCUCAAGCUCUUUACCUGAGCUAGAAGGCGGCAAAAGUUUUGAUUUCACAUUCAAACCUCCAACCUCAAGCGGCGAAGAUAAACCGACUUGGUUGUCAGAGCCUUCCACCCCUUCCGAACCACUGGCGUUAUCAAGUGGGUCGUCCCCCUCUAGUCCAACAGUCUUUCCGCCCGUGCAACUCCAGCCUCCCACCCACGACAUACCUUUCUCCCUGCGCAGCCCGAAGUCCGAAAGCUCGGCCCCGGCACCGACCUCUAGCACUUCCGGCGAGUCGUCGACUAAUGUCCCCAGGUCCCCUCAGCGACCACCCAUGCCUUCGUCAAUUUCCAGUCCGCCUCCACUACUACUCGACAGAUUGGCUACCUAUCGGCCACCGGAAGACCUCUUCGAACCUGGUUCAUCAGCUGGCCUUUCAAAUGCACCGUCAACUUACUCUGCAGAUUACUUUGGUAGCAGACAGAGUACGACUUCCAGUACGAUGGCCACAGCGGGUUCCGACGCGUCCGCUUCUGGAUCUUCUUCGAGCGGAGCACAAAUGCCAUGGGAUCCUCCUGCAGGGGGUGAAUACGGUGUCGUCCCUCCACAGAUGAACGAAGUGCACCCUCGCAACGCAAGUUUCAACGAUCUUCCUCGACUGGUACACGUACAGAGUGAUAGCGAUGAGGAAGAUACCGAUACGGAAGAGGACGAUGUCCCGCUCAUUCGACCGAGGCCUGGGAUCAGACCGGCGGAUGCGAGAGGAUUGUUUUGGAACCCUGAAACGGACGAGGAUGAAUUCGAUGAUGACACUGAUGAGGAUCAUGAGAGGGAGCAGGAUAUGAGGAGGUUCUUUGCUGACCCUGAGGAUGGGGAAGCGUGGAGGCGAGAUGGGGGAGGGCAGGUGGGCGAAGGAGCACCGCGCAAUGAGAAUGGGAUGGGUGUGCAGGAGAACGGGGCUGUUGGAGUCGGCGAGCAGGGCGAUCCGGCUGAGGGUCCAGUGGAUCCUAACGAAGACAUUGACGGCAAUGUUGAGGAUGAUAUGGAGGGUGCUAUGGAAGGUGAGAUUUUGCGUCUGUCGUCUAGAAUACAAAUGCUGAUUGAAUUCAAAGCUAUUGGAAUGCGAGGGCCUAUUUAUGGCGUCUUCCAGAAUGCUGCCUUGAUGGUGUUCGUGCUCGAUACCGCCAUCGGCCUGUGCAUAUGGAUUCCAUUCACCGUUGGAAAAACCGCCGCCUUGCUCUCGAUGGUUCCUCAUCGCACGUUGCAAAUCCUUCAUCUACCUAUCAAAGCUAUGCGACUUGUUACGGACCCCAUUGUCGAUUCGGGCGUCUACGUCAUAACCAGGUUCCUCAUCCCCCCAUGUCUGGAUGUUGUCAAAGGCGCCAUCAAUGUUGCUGGGAUCAUCACUUCUUUGGUUGUUCGAAAGAUCUUUGGCAGUGGAGCUGCGGAGAACCUCUCACAAUCGUCGCAUGAAUUCCUCGAUCAUUCCAAGGAUAUCCUGCUCUCCUCCCUCGACAAAUUCAAUCCCUUCUCACCUUCACCAACCUCCAACGUGACUGUACCAGAACCCGGACCGCUUUUCCCUGCGUUUGCAGAACCCCUCGAGCCUUACUUUGCGGCUCUUGGAAAGCAAGUCCGACUGUUCCUUCUAUCCCUCUGCCGAACUUGGGCCAGCCUCGCGAUGGGUGACGGACCGACUGACAAAGUGUUCGCCAUCCUCCUCGGUUACCUCGUCUUUAUCCUCAGCCUCGCCAUUUAUCUCAACGUUCUCACGGUUGGUAACGCCCGCAACGCAGGCCGAGCUGUCAGGAACGUCGUCCGACAGCAGGCGUUGGUGGUCAAAGUGGCAGCAUUCAUUUUUAUCGAGCUGGUUAUCUUCCCGUUGGCAUGUGGGAUUAUAUUGGAUGUGUCGACUGUUUGGCUGUUCCCUGAAGCCAAUAUUCAUUCGAGGAUUGCGUUCUUUGGGCAGGCACCGCUCACCGCCAUGUUUUAUCAUUGGGUUGCGGGGACUAUGUUCAUGACUAUCAUGCGGCCGGGAGCUAUGUGGUUCAUUAAGGACCCGCAAGACCACAACUCGCAUCCUAUCCGGGACAUUCUUGAACGGCCUACCUUGGUGCAGCUCCGCAAGAUCCUUGUGAGCGCAGUGAUGUACGCUAUGGUCGUUUUCUGUGUUGUGGGUAGUGUUGCGGGUCUUUUGCUCUUGGGAAGCAAAUCCAUCAUGCCGUUCCGAUGGAAGAACAGAGAACCGCUGUCCAACGUACCUGUCGACCUUCUCUUCCUGCAUCUAGUGCUCCCGCAAACCUUGCACUAUUUCAAGCCGAGGAGGGGUUUGAAGACGAUUGCGACAAGGGUGUGGAGAUACUUGGCAACCAAGUUGCGACUGACGUCGUAUUUCUUUGGCGGUCGGUAUCCGGAUGAGGAGUAUGCUUCGGGUGGAUGGUUUGGAUCUUCCUCGACGGAGACGACGGAUGAGACUGGCGACACAAGGGUUGUCAAUGGGACGUUCCGCCGAGUUCCUGCUACCGAUCAUCUGGCGUUGCCCCGCGAAAUGAGGGCGACAGCGCGGGUUACAGCCGAUGGUACACCUUACGACGAGGAAGCUGCAAAACUCAUCCGGAUGCAGAACGCCGAAGCACAGAAGGCCAGACGGGACAUUGACAAGGACUAUAUGGUCGUUUUCAUCCCCGCUGGGUUCCGAUACAGGAUUCUCGCGUUCAUCGGUCUCCUGUGGACGGUGGGAGCGCUGUUUAUCGGGGUUGCCGUCGCGCUACCGGUCCAACUUGGAAGGAGCUUCUUUGGGCUGUUCACCACCCGGGAGGUGCACGACGGGUACUCGUUUAUCGUCGGGUUCUACUCGCUUUGGGCAUGCUACCUCUGCGGUCGUACUAUCGACAGACUCGAGAAGCAGCAGCGUCGUAUACGGGAAGCCCAGGACGAACGCGGACGAGUGUAUGUCAGGGACGUGCGGAUCCUUGCGAUCAAGCGUAGUCUCUGCUGGGUGUCCAAGGCUGCGUAUGUGGGGUUCUUCAUGGGUGUGGUUGUGCCGAUCUUGGUGUCGUUUGUGAUUGAUUUGUAUGUGGUUUUGCCGGUGAGGAGUAUGUUGAAUCCUGGGGUGACGCCGAGAGUGAGGGUGGUGGAUGCGUGGGCGUUGGGGUUGCUGUAUGCGAAGAUUGCUAUGCAUGUUUUGAGGCUUAGACCGCCUAACCAGUUGACGAGAGCGCUUCAGCACAUGGUUGAUAUUGGGUGGUCAAGGUUGGAUGCGCUAGUUCUGACCAAAGAGGUGAUUGCGCCGCUCGUUGGAGGGUUAUUGGGAAUGAUCUUGCUUCCUGCGGUUGUUCUCCAAUGUGGAAGGUUGUUGUUCCCAACAGCAAUGGCCAACACUCAGUUCAUGUUCAUGAACAUCUAUCCCGCCAUUUUCGUGUUUGCCACCCUCGUUCGAUCCAGCGUCGUGUUCUAUGACGUCCUUUCGAGUUGGUCGCAGUCUAUCCGUGAUAAAGAGUUUUUGGUCGAGUUGCGUCUGAAGAACCAUGAACCGGAACCACCGCGGUCUAUCAGCAACGAGCCAUCCGCAAGUACGACUACGUCGACUGAAUCGGGUACGCAGUCGGGAGGCGAAGGAGGAGGUGAAGAAAGAGUCCCACCGGUGCAGCCGCCAGAACAAGUUGUAGUACCUGCGCUGGAUGGUGGUGGUGAUAUUCCAUAG